GGUCAGGUCAGGGUAUCUUUAACUCUCAAUGAUUACCAAGUGGACAAGAGAAUUUCCUCCCGCUGUAACUAAGAGGAUGAAAAGUAGAGUUCAACGUGGAAAUAGGAAAAUGUGAACAGAACACCUCUCCCUACUGGUCUGAGCCUGCCACUGCAGCAGGAGAGAUGAAGGUCAGAUCUGCGGAGGGACCGUAAGGGCCCGCGAUCCGGAAGGGUGGGGCUAAUGUGGGAGGAGCCAAAGACUCGCCCGCUUCGGUAGGACGAGUCAUUUCCGUUCGCCGAGGAACGGAGAAAUCCGGCGGCGGAGUUGCGGGCAUAGUGCCUCGGACAGGACUUCAGUGGUCGGAAGUAGCAAGUGAGCCCGACCGGGGGGCACGGGCCUGCCACCGGGAUGGCCGCGGUGGAGACCCACGGCCGCCUGUGGCUGGAGAGCCCCCUUGGGGAUGCGCCGCCCAUCUUCCUGCCCUCGGACGGGCAGGCCCUGGUCCUGGGCCGGGGACCUUUGACCCAGGUUACCGACCGGAAGUGCUCCAGAAACCAAGUGGAGCUGGUCGCAGACGUGGAGAGUCGGACCGUCUCCGUGAAACAGCUGGGAGUUAACCCCUCAACUGCCGGAACCCAGCAGCUGAACCCGGGGUCGGAGGGCUCUCUAGGCGUGGGGGACACCCUGUAUUUGGUCAACGGCCUCCACCCGCUGACCUUGCGCUGGAAAGAGGCCUGCACGCCAGAAUCCCAGCCAGACACUCCACCGGGCAGCCCUCCAGUGGUCCCAGAAGAGGAGGAUGUUGAGCCGCAGAUAAAGCGGAUGCGGAAGUCAUCCCCUGGAUGGGAGAGCUUCGAGAAGCUGCUGGUUUUCACAUCACCUGGAGUGAAGCCCCGGGGCAAGGUGGCCGGCUUUGAUCUGGAUGGGACCCUCAUCACCACACGCUCUGGGAAGGUCUUUCCCACUGGCCCCAGUGACUGGAGGGUCUUGUACCUGGAGAUUCCGCGGAAGCUACGAGAACUGGAUGCCGAAGGCUACAAGCUGGUGGUCUUCACCAACCAGAUGGGGAUUGGGCGUGGGAAGCUGCCUGUAGAGGAGUUCAAGGGCAAGGUGGAGGCUGUGGUGGAAAAGCUGGGGGUCCCACUUCAGGACCCAGGUGCUCGAGGAGGAGCCAGGGAUGGAGUCAGACCGCUGUCCUGUCCACAGGUGCUGGUGGCCACGAACGCAGGCUUGUACCGGAAGCCAGUGAUUGGCAUGUGGGACCAUCUGCAGGAGCAGGCCAACGAGGGAAUGCCCAUCUCCAUCGGGGACAGCGUCUUUGUAGGAGACGCAGCCGGACGCCCAGCCAACUGGGCCCCUGGGCGGAAGAAGAAAGACUUCUCCUGUGCAGACCGCCUGUUUGCCCUCAACCUUGGCCUGCCUUUUGCUACACCGGAGGAGUUCUUUCUCAAGUGGCCUGUGUCCAGCUUCAGUCUCCCAGCCUUUGACCCGAGGACUGUCCCCCCCACAGGGCCACGCUGCCUUCCUGAGGCGAGCUCCCUCCUCAGCUCUGACCCUGAGGUGGUUGUCGCCGUGGGAUUUCCCGGGGCUGGGAAGUCCACCUUCCUGCAGGAGCAUCUCGUGUCAGCUGGAUACGUCCACGUGAACAGGGACGCUCUUGGCUCGUGGCAGCGCUGCGUGGCCAAGUGUGAGGCAGCCCUAGAGCAGAGGAAGCGGGUUGUGAUUGAUAACACAAACCCCGACCCCCCGAGCCGGGCCAGGUUCAUCAAGUGCGCCCGCGGAGCAGGCGUCCCCUGCCGCUGCUUCCUCUUCAGCGCCACCCUGGAGCAGGCCCGCCACAACAACCGGUUCCGGGAGAUGACGGGCUCCUCUCACGCCCCCGUGUCCGACGUUGUCAUGUUCGGCUACAGGAAGCAGUUCGAGGCCCCGACGCUGGCUGAAGGCUUCUCGGUGAUCCUGGAAAUCCCUUUCUGGCUGAACGUGGCCCCACAGCUGGAGCGGCUGUACCGCCAGUUCUCGGAGGGCUGAGCCGCCCUACACCCCCACCCCCCCCACCCCCCACAAUAAACUGGUUUUCAGCAA